AUGUCUAAACUACAAUUGUUUCGUGUGUUUUUAAAUGAGCGCUUAACGGCGGCUGCUGUGGAGAUUUUCGGGGCAGUUGAGAAAACGGUAGUGGAGUACCAGGAGGAGAAUGAUCGGCUACGGAGACUGCUGCGGAUCACACCGGAGAUACAACUAUGUAGAAGAGGUUCGUAUGUAGAUCUACUGAUAGUUAGCUAUAGUUCUACUCAAUUAGUAAACUGCUUAGGUAAAUAGAGAUCACCAUUUCAACCGAAUGUUUUUACUUUGAUUUUCUACCUACCUAACUAUAUAUUGGGCUACAGGCCUACAGCAAUUAAGCAUUUAGCUGCGAAUGUGUAGUUUACAAGAUUAAAUAAACCAUUGAAGCCAUUAACAAUUAUUAUGUAGGCCUAUGAUUAAAUAGUUGUCUGCAUAUUUGAUUAUUUAUCUAAAGCCUUCAAAUCUAAUUGUAUUUGUCACAUGCUUCGUAAACUGGUGUAGACUAACAGUGAAAUGUUUACUUACGGCCCUCCUACAAUGCAGAGAGAAAAAUAAUAAAGAUAAUAACACGAGGAAUAAAUACACAAUCAGGUUUCUCCCCAAAGAUUGUGAGAGGCGCUGCGCCAUCUUGUGGACUGACUGCGCCACUACGUACAAAAUGUGUCGUCAUAUGAGGCCAUUUUUUGCUUUAGAUUGCAGGACAUGGCAGUAUACACGGGGUACCAGUAUCGCUGUAUACACGGGGUACCAGUAUCGCUGUAUACACAGGGUACCAGUAUAGCUAUAUACACGGGGAUACCAGUAACACUACAGUGAAUGUCAAUGUUUGUAUAUCUGUUUUUUUUUUUCAUUUAGGAAAGUAAUAAUCAGAUUAUUAAAAAAUAUAUUUGCAUUGUUUUUGUCUGCAUCAACAACAUUUUGAAAUGUCAUUGUGCACUCAGGCAUGUCUAAAGGCUGUAUAGUUAACGUCUGUAUCAAGGCUGUAUAGCUAGGUAACCUCUGGAUCAAGGCUGUAUAGCUAGGUAACCUCUGGAUCAAGGCUGUAUAGCUAGGUAACCUCUGUAUCAAGGCUGUAUAGCUAGGUAACCUCUGGAUCAAGGCUGUAUAGCUAGGUAACCUCUGGAUCAAGGCUGUAUAGCUAGGUAACCUCUGGAUCAAGGCUGUAUAGCUAGGUAACCUCUGGAUCAAGGCUGUAUAGGUACCCUGGAUCAAGGCUGUAUACUAGGUAACCUCUGCUCCUCCUCUCCUUCCCUCCAGACUCCCUGCAGCUCUCUCUCUGUCUCUGAAGAGGAGGUUCCCCCUGAGCAGCAGCACUGUGAGCAGGAGUGGAGCCCCAGUCUGGGGCAGGAGGACCCAGAGCCCACACAGAUUAAAGAGGAACAGGAGGAACUCAGGACCAGUCAGGAGGAAGAGCAGCUCCAAGUGCUCUUUGAUACCAAAGACUCCAUAUUCACUCCUUCCUUUGUGAAAAGUGAAUGUGUUCAGAAGGACCUAUGUCAAGAAGCCAUAGUAGCUGAAUACCCAACUCUCAGUCCACUGAAAACGUCUAAACUACAGUCGUUCUGUGUGUUUUUAAAUGAGCGUUUAACGGCAUCUGCUGCGGUGGAGAUUUUCGAGGCAGUUGAGAAAACGGUAGCAGAGUACCAGGAGGAGAAUGAUCGGCUACGGAGACUGCUGCGGAUCACACCGGAGAUAAAACUAUGUAGAAUA